AUGGGACAUAAAAAAGUUCCCACUAAGAGAAAAGGUCACAAGAAGGAAGAAAAUUCCCCGGUUACGAAGAAAAAAAACGUGACACUGGCGAUCAACUCGCAAACACCUGUUGCAAGUUCUUCGAAGGCCUCCCCUUUCCUAAAAAUAAAACUUUCAACUAAACCUGUACAAACAAAUGGCACUGAAAAACAACAAACUGGCGAAGGAGCUAAGAAAAAGUCCAUUGUUUUGAACAGGUUUACUGACGAAGAGGAACCAGAUAUUCCGAUCGAAGAACAAUUUGUUUUGAGAUUGAUGGUGCCUGAGGAUGUAAAACAAAGGUUUAGAGAAAAGCAAUAUGUAGACUCUCGUCGGGCAAUAUUCACAUUUGAAAAUCAAAAAUAUAGUGCACGGUUAGUGGAUCUGCCAUGCAUAAUUGAGGCUCAAAAGACUUUUAAUGCCAAACAAUUAUAUAAAGUUGCUGAUAUCUGUCAGAUGCUGAUAGUAGAAUCUCCCAUUGACACCCAAGAGGAGGAGCAACUUUUUACCGAAAAUACAAAAUCUUCUAACAUAGAUCAAUUUGAGUGGCCGGAUGGACUAACACCACCUUUAAAAAAUGUUCGGAAAUUGAGAUUCAGGAAGCGUAUUUCAAACAAAAAAAUAGAAGACAUCGAAAAAGAAGUUGAAAAAUUAUUGCACGAUGAUUCAUUGGCAGAAGAAGUGAAAAUCGCUUGGGAAGAUGCUGUCGAUUCAGAGACUGCGACUCCCGCUGCGCUUCUUGGAGCAUUGCCUGAGGAUGAAUUUGAGGAAACUGAGCUACAAGGAGAAGACGAUGAUUACGAUGCCGAGGAAUUUGAAGGAAUUGAACUCCAAGAAGAUUUAUUAACAAUGCAAAAGCAUGAAAGAGAUUUUGAAGAAGAAUCAGCUCAAAAUGAUGACAUAACGAAAGAGUUUCAGAUAGGCUUGGAUAUGAUGGAUCAAUUAACAGAUGGUGAGGAGAGUGAAGAUUCCGAGGAAAGCUCAUUAGCCUCUUCGGAAGAGGAAGAUGAAGAUAGUUCAUUCGAAGAUCAGGAAGAAUUAACUAGAAUCUUCGAGAGAGAAAGAACGUUAAUGUCUGAACUGUCCGAAUUAGAUGCUAAUUUACAAAAGAAAAGAAAAGACUUAGAAAUUGAAACCAAUAGCAUCAUGAAGGGACGGUUUCUUAAUCAAAUUAAUACUAUAACUACGGAGAUAGAUCAGAAGAAGGCAGAAUUGGCAAAUGCAGAACAGAGAGUAUCCGAAAUUCAAGAAAAAAUGGAGUCAAAGGUUAAGGCCCUUGCUGAAAAACUUGCUAAUGAUCAAUCUCAGGGCGGUAAAUCAGGUGAAGAAUCUGACAAUGAGACUACUACUUCUUCCGAUAUUGAAGGUGGAGAUGAGGAUGAGAAUAAUGAUAAUCAAGAAGUUCAAAGCGCAGAUAAGGAUGACAAACCAUAA